UGCUCUUCGAUUAUAUUCUUUUAUAAAAAUGAUUAUAUUUUAAAAUAAUAUUGUAUCGUCUUUCGGUCUUUGACAUAAAAAAUUCUUUCAUUCUUAUGAAUGUCUUUCAAUAUAGAUAUUCAUCAUUUUUAAUAGGAAAAAAGAUCAAAUUUCGCGAUUUAUCAUAUCUCGGUACAAUAACUCCAGAAUUAUUCCAUGAUAAUUCGUGCAUCUUUGGCGAGCGUGUAUGCCGAAUAUAGACACGACUCGUCACGAAUACAUGGAAGAUACAAAAUUAGCGAACAGAAAGAGUAGAGGAGCAGAGGUUUUCUUCGGAUCGUUCCUGAAAGUAUAUUGGCGUAUAGGUUAGCCAAUAGCAGAUAUCAUAGACUGGCAACUGUGCAAACGAAAUUACUUACGUUUCAUUGGAUUUCACGCUUGGAAAAGGAAACUAUCGCGGCGAUCACGUAGCACGCGGACGCGCGAGACGAGUGCUUUUCAAUCAAUCGCAUUAGCACGAAAUCGUACGAAAGAAAGCAGAAAUCAGAGAUACAAUUGAUGUAACCGUACUUACAUAUAGAACGAUCGUUUUACACACUUUUGCUCUUCGACGCAAUCGUACGAGAAUCAACCAAAUUUUCCACAGGCAAUCAUUGAAAAUCAGUAUAUUUGAUACGCACGGAACAUUUACCACCAAUAUCUGAGCACUUCUAUACAUAGUCAUUACGAGUUUGUGAACUGUAUCUAAUUUCUGACUAAUACUAUUUUCUGACGGAAGGAAGAAUGGGGGAGGGGGUGAAGAGAGAGAAAAACGAUCAAGUCGCAACGAUAAAACGAUUCCUUCAUAUCAAAGACACGCUUCUGAAUGUUUGCACCCUUCCAUGACCUACGUUCGAGUCGAUACGUCCUUGUAACUUCAAUUUAGAACAUUGAAUUUUACAAGCAUACGAUUACUGUCCAUUUAUCCGAUUAGUUUUUUCCAUGGGGAUGAUUAACAUUAGUAGAUAUUAUAUUCAGUUUGAUAGUUAUGUGCCAUUUAUGCGUGGACACGUAUAUUAAGAAAAAGAGAAUAAAAAUAAUCUGAGAUAAUAUGAGAUCAUCUCGAACUAUAAUUUCUUUUCUUUUUUUUUUUUUUUUUAAUUUGACAGAGAAAAAAGAAAAGAGGAGUGAAAGUACAUGCAAUCGCAUACUUAUGGUAGAAACUAAGCGCGGGAAAAAGCGCGUGGAUUAGAAAGAAGUUGGAUGAAAGAGUCACAUCAAGUAUGAUCUCGCACGAUCUGAAAUAAGAGGACUGUAGACUGUACUAUUCACUUGGAGAAAAUAUUUCUUUUCCUCGUACGAAUUGAUGAUCUUUUUCGUUCUAUCGUUGAAAAGAAGCGUGUUUGCUUCACAGUCGUCGAACAAAAAGUCAAAGAAUCUGACUAAAAAAUUUCUUUCAAUUUCUUUUAUUUUUCUAUUCAAAAAGAGAUUUUCACCGAUUUUGAUUGCGAUGCGCGGAUCGCGAUUUGACAAUAUUUCCAUUGCUAUUCCAGUAAUUCUCGAUCUAUAGGAAAAUCCAUGGAUUAGAAUAUAUAACUCGUGUAUAAUUUGUAGUUAAAUUUCAUACGCAUUAUGUUCUUUGUUUAGAAUAGUUCGUUCGUAAAAUUGCGUGCAUUGCCUGGGAAAACGACCAGCAUAUAUCUCGAAUAUAGCAUAAUAAGGCAAUAUCGAAAUUAUUCUGUUCGACGACAGGCAUUGUUCAUAUACGUGCCACUUAACGUUCGUAUCGUGGCUUUCUUUGCGCAUCGAUCCGCUCGUAAAUUUAAACUCGUGCGUCAUUCAUGAUCAACGCUUUCGAAAUUCAUCGAUGUUAGGACCUGUCUUUUUUUUUUUUCUUUUUUUAUCUGAGUAAUUCAAGCUGUGCGAAUUUCGGGUGUUUUUUUUUAUUCGUUGUUUUCGUUGGCGAUCAUCCCCAAGUAUAUGUAUGAUCGUUAAAAUAAAUGAUAGAAGUGAAGUAUUAUCGUCGGACUAAGAGGAAUCUUAUCGAAGACGGUAGACACGCGUUGAGGUUAAAGAAGAGUGACGCCUAAGUGCGAUUCAACGAUGCGUUUCACUUCUCUCGGCCGACAAAGCGGGAGAAAACGAUGAGGCAUCGAGUUGUUUCGAAGGACAAUCGAACGGGGUCAAAAGUCCUCCUGUUGCUACGUGAAACGAACGAAGCCAUGGAAACGAGCUCGUCGCGCAAGCGCUUCGCCCUUCUGCUGCUUUCCCCCCUUUUUUCCUCGAUUUCCGGCUUCCCCAGUUCCUGUCUCCUUUCCCCUCCACUCAAACAGAUACGCGAGUUUUUCCACUUUUUUUAACCACAUCGAAUUACGAAUCGACGCGUAUCAAAUCUUUGGAAAAACUAUAAAAAAUAUUUUCAUUUUUUCCCUCGUUUUCAAAAGUCUCGGAAACGUUGCCGAUUUGAAUUUAGAUGCGUUCAAACCCUCGCGACUCGUUAUUCGCCCAAGGUACUUGGACCUUCCCUCCUCUGAUUUGUAUUCGAUUCGUCUCUAGAGAACGCCCUACACAUUCUUAUCGUCGAGGGGACAUUUAACUUCCGUAUUUCUCGCUACCUAAGUCUCGUUGCAUCGCUUCGCUAUGCGGCCAAGGUACGAUGCUCUUUCGAUAACGAGCGGAUCAUCAAUAAUAUUUUCGAUGAUCGAAAACGUUCGAGAGGACCAAGGGAAAGCGUCUCUUCUGCGUUCAGAUCCGAUGCCGGGCCUGAUGAUCGUUUCGUAGUAGCCACUGACCUUAAUUGAAUGAUUUCGAUCCGAACGACUUCGAACCCUCCCUCGCCCGUUCCAUUUACACGAACGAUCCGAAUGCACUUUGACUCUAAAACGGAAGCCUCUCGCAGCCGCUACGGUUAUACGCUACGAGUAUCAUCCGGUUAAGCUUAAACAGUCAAUUUCCACGCAUUUACGUAGGGGAACUCGGGCAUGGUAGACGGUCGUCAUCAUCGAUUUUCACCAAUGUUCGUAAAUGAUCCAUAUCGAAAUGAUCAGUUUGCACAACACGCGACGAUAUGUAUAUAUAUCGCGUAGAACCGAUGCAUCGAAUCACAUAGAGAUUCCUAUAUCUAUCCUGAACUUUGUGACGAGUUGUGUCCAAGUGUCGGGAAACUCGAAAGUGAAUUCCAUGGGGGGGAAAAGCAGCGGUUGUCGAAGUUACACGUAAGCCAGCGACGCAUAACAAGUCCUUCCGUAUGUAUAGAGGCGUGCUUUGACUCGUUCUCGAGUGCGCGGAUACGUACUGCUUACUUACGUACGUGUACCGACGCUCGUACACGAGCUUCUCGUAUCAGGUCGGUCGAUUAAACUAAAAUUAACUCGUCCACCUCGAGCAGGCGAGUUCCCUCUUUCGGUGCACCUUCGAGCACCAUACCGCUCGGUUAAUGUCUCGAUAUUUAGUCACUCGCUGUCCUCAUGUUUUUUUUUCCUUUGUUUCUCCUCUCCUUUCUUUCUCCUUUCCUCCACCUUGAAUUUUAGCCACGCAUUUUCUUAAUACACCCACUCUUUUCAACAAGACGGAGAGAAGAGAGCCUUAUUCUUUGAACGGAGAGCGUAUAGCUUGUCUAAAUAAUGCUUCGCGUUUUUCUACUCCAACAAGAUUUUUCGACCGUGCAACGCGUAUUACCGUCUUUUUUCAUUCUACCUCUUGAGCGUUGCGCGAGAGAAAGGAGCGGUCGUUGCACGAACCGGGAUUUGAUCUUUUUUUUUUUUUUUUUUUAGGAUUCUUUCGCUAGAAGUUUCUUCAGUUAGCUUUUACGAUUUCAGAUAACUUUCAUUCGAAAUAAAACUGCCCACUCUUUUCUACCUGUUUAGUUCUUCAAAUUUAUCGGCUCUUCUCGCUUUCGCAUAUUCAAAAUCGAUUUCUUUCCUCUUUUUCACUUAACCUAUGAUUGAGUAUUGGUAUGCAUGCAACGUUGGCUACGAACAACUUUAUGUUUUUCGUUAUUUAUGUUUUAUAUAUAUAUAUAUAUAUAUAUAUGGUACGAGAAAAUCCCGUGUUCGUACGCGAAUUUAAAAUUGAUGGUUCGAAGAAACGUGUUGGCUCGUCGCUUUUAAUAAACGUCCCGAUCGCCGAUGGAUAAGUAUCGCGCACAAGUUUCGAUAACGCGAGAUCACAAGCACGCCCACCUUUCUUCUUUCGUCGCGGUUCAACCCCCUUUUCGCCCCGCUGACACGAUGAAAUUCAUUCAUCAUCCUUUUGUUCCGUUUUUUGAUACGCUUCCAACGGUCUUGGCGCAUACCCGAUUUACAAUGUAUACAUAUUUAUGAGCGGAAUAUUUAUAUAGAAGAGUCGGGAAGAGUCGGACCAAGUUAUUCAACCAAUGUUCCAGUGACUCGCGGAAGUCGAGGAUAAAACUAGAACUCCCUGUCUCUCGUGUUCCUCUCAAGUUUUUACCGGAAUUCUCUCGAAACACUCGCAAAUCGCGCGAACGUUUACGCUUACUUCUUAAUCGCGCAACCUUCCUAAAAUUCAAAUUCUAAUAAACUAUCCGCUUGGUUUUAAUCCGAUUUUAACGGGUAAAUAGAACACGGAUCGACGCUUCGUACAAGACGCACUGUUAGCGGUAAUGAAUUGCACCGGUUUCGAUGUAACCACGCGUGUUCCCGUUCCAUACGAACCGAAGUGUGUCUCUAUUUUCUCGUGUACCAUGUAAAUUACGCGGUAGACAGACGUGCGAGACAGAAGGGAAGACGGGAAAUAAGGCGAGAGAAAACGAUCACGUUCGCUUAUUUUCCAUGUUUGCACCGAUGGUCGCGUGACUAUUCCGAUUAGGCUACCGUCUGUAUUUCGGAGACUGAUACAUGCAUGUACAGCCGCGUACACGGUUGGCACACACAUAGAACCGGGAUGCACGCAAUGGAGCUGCAUUGAUUCGCAGAUAUAGAGGCCCCCAGGCUCAGGGCGGAGGUCAUGGGUAAUGGAGUGCACCGUCACGUUGCUAUGGGAAAUUCAGGAUUCCCCGGGUAAACGAUGGAGCCGACGCGAGGAGAAUAGGAUAUGUUACGCGACAGAGUUAAUCGAGGUUUACGGUGGCACAGGUCGCCAAUGGUGCGCUCUCGUUGAAUUAAAAGGACAGCAUUUAUAUGGACCAGAUUGCUCGUCAGUUUCGUCUUGGGAAACAUUACUCGCUGCGACGACGAGUCUUCUCGCUCCGAGAUGUCCCAAGGACGUUUCCAUUUAGAAUUUCGAGGAAAAUCCUGGUUGAAUUAAUUCCAUUUCGGAAAUAGAAUUCGCGAUUCGCCAUUCGGAUUUCUCGCAAAGAUACGUAACGGAGAACAUGUGCACGCGAGCACGUAGUGUGCUUUCCUGAUUACAAUUUUCCGUUCGGCAAUUAUAUUCGUUAUUAUCAUCGAAAUACCCGCAAUUUUGUCGAUUACGUAUCACUGCCCUAUAAUUUAUCUCGCUACAAUACGAGAAUCUAUCGCCUAGGAUUCUUACGUAUAUUCUAUCAUUCGCGAUUCUUCGAAUCGAAACCAAAUAACGAAGAAGGAAAGAAAUAAAAGUUCGAUCUGACUAAUGUUCGAAUACGAAUAAGCAACGUUAAUCCAUCUCGAUUUAAUGCGAAAUGUGUAAUUGUGAGCAAAAAGACACGGUACCAGGCAUGAAUUUUUACGAAUCAAUUUACAUGGUUAAGUAAUCACCGUCAUCGAUGGUUUCGACGUGCCAUUGGCUUUGAUCGGUGGCUUCUUCCCCGAUGUAUGCAGCUCGAUGUUGGAAUUAAUUUACGCGUUAACUCUUUCGACAGCUACGUGCACGACAUGUGAGACGUACAAAAGUACGUCGAGCAGUCAAAGAGCGUAAUAAAAAAAAACGAAUCAGAAAUUCUCGUAUUAUGUAUACGGGUGCAACAGAGCGUGUCUUCGUUACGUUGUUGUAUUUAAACAUUGACGAAAGCAAAGGGGAACACGUUACGUUAUAGAAAUCGACGUGAUCGACCGAUUUUAUAAAGCGUUUUUCCCUAGUCUAGUAUCAAUCUGAUCGGAUUGUGGGUACGUAUCGGGUCAUCUGCGUGUCACUGUUGUUAGGAAAAACUCGAGUAUACUCGUCGUCAACGAGAGAUUCGAUAUCGACGAUACUCUAUUAUUUACCUUUAAUAAAUAUACUCUUUAUCGCGGCGAUAAACAUUCCACGAGCGGUACCGAACAACCGAUACCGCCCCCAACGAGAGCCGGUCAAGUACAAUGGCAUGUAUUGUUAUCGCGACGUACAUUUAAAUACUCGAGACUAAUCGAAUUGGAGCGUCGCGAAAAAGAGUUCUUCAUUUUGUUUAUAUCGUUAGAUAUCGCGGUCGCGCAUGGUCGCCGAGAUAAGAUUUUUAUACAGAAAAUGGAAGAUGGCGACAAGGUUCUCUUUGUAAUCGGCUGUUAACAUGUGCAUAUGCACGCGCUAACGCGUGACGACGAUCCAUCGCACGCAAGCCUGAGAUCCUUUCGACCUAUCGUUGUAUUCGAUCGAUCGAUCGGCGAACAUUAAGAAUACCGCUUUUGUUCAAGUUUCGGAUCACGAUCUGGGAGGUUCUUCGGAGGCGUGCCCGUUAGUUGGGCCGUUUAAACCGUAGACGUAAAAUUCUGUUCUCGGUGUGUGUUUCCUCCCAUCUGGCUAAGCAAGUUUUUGUCGUGGCUUUUAUUUGACCAGCCACCAGUCUCGAGCCUUGCAUAGUUGAAAGUUAUCAAGCAAGGUUCGUGCAAUAGAGAUAUUUAAUAACGCGUGUAGAACGCGCGUGAAAAGCGCGCCGCGCCUCUUUCGACCUGAUUUAAAACAUACCACCAGUGCGCGCCAAAAGGAAACGCGAUUCUUGCCGUAACACCGUUGUAUAUAUCUAAGAAUUUCUUCGCUCUCACGAUGCACACCUUCGAAUCGAGAAUGCUUCUUACACAGAUCUUUCGCCUUUCGAUCGCGUUUCGCUUAGGAAAAUCUACUGAAUCGAAACGUCACAUCCUUAUUUAUUAUUCCUUGUUUAUUUCCACUAUAUGCACUUCCUUCUUUCGAACAUCCAUUAACACCGUCAUUCUAGUUCAAAUCGUAUCGUUGUGACGCAUCCUUAUCUAAAGAGACCUUGACAAAAGAAAGCAUUUCAGGCACAGAACAAAUUGUUAAGAAUAUCGGAAAACUACCGAAAUAACCACAGGAACGUCGAUUGAAAUUUAAUCUCUCUCCCUCGUGUGUCUGUACGAGAAGGGUCUAUCAGUUGGCUUUCCGAUGGGAAAUCGAUCCUUUUGUGUUUAUAACGUAGGGUGAAGGGUUGGUACGUGGUUAGUACUGUGACCUUGAACAGGAUACUCGAACCAGAACGCCUGCGCGGCCGGAUUCGAUCAUCUCACGUCCAGGGAUCCUUGUAUCGCGUCAUCUCUCUCUCUCUCUCUCUCUCUCUCUCUCUCUCUCUCUCUCUCCCCUCUCCCUUUCUCUCCCUCGCCCCGCGUGUCUCCUCUUUUACCUUGGAAAGUCGCUUUUCACUUUCACAUCCCUUUCUUCCUUUUCAAGUACUAUACGCGCGCGGCCCUUUCAUAUGAUUCGAGUAGCGGGAGGCCCUUGGUGCGCGCGAGAGCACGUGCGUACGCACUUGAGCGUAUCGCAUGCAGCGCUUUCACGAUAAGAGCGAGAGUAAAGGCUGAUCGUAAAGAAUGAAAUCUGAUUCUGUCCCCGUCAGCAUUGACAUUUACGACACGGAAAAGGGGGACGGGAAUUUUCGAUUUUUACUCCUUCUCUCUAACUAUCGCGAAUAGAAAGAGAUUUAGAAUCACGUAUCCCUCUUUUUUCAACGAAUCGACAAUUUUCGACCAUUGAAUUUCCAAGAGGAAUCGAGGAUGGGUUUAUCGUGAAACCCGAUUCGUUUUAUUAUCCAUUUAUUUUUACGCGUUUGAACCGAAUGGAAUUUUUACCUAUUCCGGAUCUUUGAGUCAUCAAACAGAGGAUUUAUGUUUGACGCGAACGGUCAUUGAACGUUUUUUCGAACGGGCCAUGUAACUUCCAACAAUACGAUAUUGGUCCAGCUCGAUUUAGUCACGAACAAUAGCGGACGAUGCUUUUUUCUUUUUUGUCAAGCAUGUCUUUCGUAUCAACUCUUAUAUAUUUAAUCGCGAUCUUUAUUCCGUCGCGUGCUUAGAAACUGCAGAUGCGUUCGCGCGGUAGACUUUAUCGCAGCUGGUCCCAGAUAAGAACAAGCUCGAGUUGAUAGACCGAUUGUAAUUCGAUGGUAAUUUUUAAUUAAUUGUUCGAAUGUUUUGAACGUGUAUUCUAUAUCAAAUCGGAAAAAUCGGAAUCGACGAUUAUUUAAAGUGGUAAAAAAAGAAAAGGAAAAAGAAAAGAAGGAAAGUAUGAAAAUGAAAAAAGAUAAUAUUCCUGGUAUAUAAUCUGGCUUUUGUUUGAUAAAAGUCAUCAACCUUUGCCACCAAUCAGAUGACAGUGAAAUUCCGAUAAUCGUGAGUCUAUUUACGUUUUUCGAUUGGUCAUUCGAUUGAUCAUUUAAUAAAAGAAAUCUUCAUUCGCUCGAGGAAAUGUCUGUUUCUAUUUGAUGUGAAGUCGAAAAACGAGACCCCCUGAGCGUGAGAAGCAUGUAAGCCGAGCGUAAAAAAUGGUCGGGGAAUUUCCACGAAGCCGCUUCGAUCGGCCGGUAAGCCCGGGGUUCCGAUAGUCGCUACGUACGGAGAUGUCUCGCAUAAAGGCCACGGAAAGAGCCGAAACGAGGCGGAACAGACCGAAGUGUAACGCCGACGGUCGAGCACGAGCAACCCUCGGCAGGCUGCGACUGCUAUGGCUAUUGACCGAACUUGGCGGACCGGCCGGUCAGCUGUGCGCCGAGCCGCCGGAGAUAUUUUCUCUGGUAGGAAAUCGUCCGUGUAGAUGUAUGAUUCGCGGCCGGUGGCAACGGCAAAGAAAAGUCUAUUAGAGAACGGAAUCUAGUGUGCUAAACGGGAUCUGUGGAAAAGUUAAAACGCUUCGACAAGGAUCGGCGAAGGUGGAAAGACAGAAGAAACCUAGAGACAAUAUCGGACAGCUAGACAGAGAGACCAUAUCAAGUAUCGUAAUACGUGACCGGCGAUCGCACGGAAAAUUAAUGGUGCUACUUAAAGCGAUGUGUACUUGUUUAAUAAAUCGAAAACACCGAUCUUAGCGACUUGGAAUUCAGUGAAAGCCAAAAAGUUGGAAAUCUUCUCCGUAUGCUUGUGAAUAAUUUAAUAAACUUAGUCAAUGAAAUAAGAGAACAUUGGUGAAACGGAAAAAAAAGAGAAGAGAUAGAGAGGAGAAAAAAGGGGAAAGAAAUUGAAGACUUGGCCCACGGUUAGUCGGCACGUAGACCGGCUGUGUAUGGCGAGCAGACGAAGUGAAGGAGAGAAAUAUAAGAGAGAGUAAAGGAACGAAACGUGUGAGAGAAAGAAACAAUAGUGGCAAAGGUAGAAAAAGAGAGAAAAGAGUGAAGGAACGAACAGCGGUUGAGAAAGAGAGAGAGAGAGAAAGAGAGAGAGAAAGAGGAGUAUCACGUAGGAAAGAGGCAGAUGUAUAGAUAGGUGUCGUGCACAUACAUGCAGAAAGUGACGUGUGUGCCGUCGUCGUGUGUGCAGGUGUGCGCGUGGUGCAGGCUGCCGGUGCAAAAAGUGCAGUGCCCAGUGGACUUUUCCAUCUCGUGCGUGCGCUGUUUCUACGAGUAGGCACGUAUAUGCCGGUGUUCCGGUGUAGACUGAUCGGAGAACGAAUAAUACGGUAAGAAAGUUUGAUAUCAUCGUUUUCUACGCCGGUUAUGCUCGAUCGACAAAAGAUUUAAAUUCGUUUAAAGAUUAAGUGCACCGAAGUUUUUUAGGAUGAAAUCGAAUUAGGAAUGUGUCAAUACGCAAGAGGAAUUGUAAAAUUGGAAAGCAAGAAUUUUGUAAUAUAAUUUUGAAAAACCUUUCGAAAUAUAUCGUUUGAAUAGAACGAUAAUCAACGAGGAAAUUAUAUAUGUAUAACGAGAGAGAGAAAAGAAACGAGGUAAUAAGAUCGUCCGUGACAAACUGCUUUACCGACAGAUUCGUUGACUCGCUGUUGGUAAGAUACCUCUAUAGUGAUCUAUCGACGAGGAAGAACGCGAGGCAGACCGAGGAGACGCAGCAGUCGCAGAUUACUGGUGGUCGUGAUAAGGGCAAGCGCGGAUGUAUUCCGUUUUGUGGAGAUGUGAUCGAUGAUCUUUGCGCGGAUCGUUUGAAUUAAUAAAUCCACUUUAUUAUCUAAAGAACAAAAAAUAUGGAAAGUUUCUCGAUCAGUUUUAUCGUGGUGAUCGAUUGUGAAAUUUUUAAAAAAGAGUCGUCUGAUUUUUGAGCAACGUUGUGUGACUUGAUGUGAACCUGUGAAAUUAGACGAACACGUUUCUUUUACAAAUGAUUCUUCCGUUUGCCUGUUGCCGCAACUUGAAAGCUAUUUUAUCUAAUCCAUCUUGAAUUAACGCAUGCUAUUAAGGCGAUAGACAGGAGCCGGUUGUUUCAUCGCGAGUAACGACUGUGAAGGUUAUGAAGAUCCGGAUCACUAACGUGCUUUCUUCACGCUCUCUAUCUCUAUCUCUCUGUCUACAAAGAAGAUUGUUUUUUAAUUUUCAACGAGAGAAUAGAGGUUACAAGAGAAGCCACACGAAACGAGCAACAGAAGAGGAUAAACGUUAAUAGACACGUUUGCUCGAGUAGGCACAGUAAUCGGAGAUCGAGGUGCGCGCAUGUCGCUCGAUCCACGACCGAUUCGAUCUGAAGCGUAUAGCAAACUUGUUCGACCGCAUUGGUAAAAUAAUUCGAUCUAAUUGACGAAGGGAACCGCUUUAAGGUCACCUGGAAUUGCUCUCUCGAAUAACCCACGAGGUACUCUCUUCUCGUCUAUACAGGCUCGCGGGACUACGUUGAAAAUCGUUCGGUGUCGUUGCUUGACGAAACCGGUUUCGUUCGGCUCGGCGAAUCUCGGCGUUUAUACAAAGGUCGUGUGUGCGCGCACGAGAGAGAGUGGUAGGAGUGAGAUUUAUGAAAAACGAAUUUACGCGAGGUCACACCCACGGUAGUGACUCUUUCUCUCUCUCUCUCUCUCUCUCUCUCUCUCUCUCUCUUUGUUCUGUUUUUUUAUUUUCUCCUCUUUAUCCGUCUUCCACGUUUGUCUGUCUAUUUCCAUUUCAAGCAUAUUAAUAAUAAAGGACGAAAUUGAGAACCGAAUCACAUCGUUGGAUCACGUCAUUUGAGAAGAGGUUACCCAUUGGAAAUUCGACGGAUCUUUUUUUUUUUUCCUUUACUUUCUUUAUCUCUCUUCAUGCUAAUAACGAGUGGAAUCUUUCCUUCUUAAAGAUAUCGACGUUUUUGGCGAUAAGUUAACUAUCGAAUAUGAAACGACACGUUUCUUCGUGGUUGAUCAGCGACAAUUAAUAAUGCGACAAUUAAACGAACGAAGCCGGUUUCAAGCAGUGUUUAAUGAAUCUUUUUGAAUAAAAUAAAAGAAAUUGAAAAUCAUGUAUUGUUGUUGGUUGUGAGCAAAAAAAUACAAAGAUCAACGAAUCACGAUCUAUCCUACGCGAACGAAUUCUCAAUCUUGGAGUUGUUUGGCAUCUUUUCGAAAAAAAAAAAAAAAGAAAAGAAAAAAAAAAUAAAAGGUUUAAAGCGUAACUUAAUCGCUAGAUCGUUGGUGGCGACAUGCGAGUAACCUUGCAACGCGAAUCAAUUGAAGCGAUUACGUUUUUAACACGCGAGAGUCGAACGGUGGUGAAUCGGUGUAUCCUGGAGGGAUCGGAAAGAAAGUAAGUAGAAUAAGAAGAAUUGGUCGCGACUUGGUUGUAUUGUGAGCUUGUUGUUGCGUGUUCCGUAAAACGGAACCGAGAACACUUCGGCUGACGAGGCUAAGGCGACGAUGACGGGCGAUCCGCGUCGAUCGAGGGAGGCUCAGGACUCGCCGGAAAGUAACAACUUGAACUUAAAAGCCUCCGUGGAAGUGUUUAAUAAAACCUAGUCGUGGCUGGAGUUUUGAUGACCGUGAUUGGCCUCAGCGAUGAAGGGGGCGUCGAGUGCAUCCGGUGCAGCAGCUGCGACCGCUGCUUCGCAGGUGCAGCCUGUGGUCGGCUUACACGGCAGGAUACACGAUCUCUUUAGCCCGAUAACAGCGGCGAGCUGUGCGGACAAGGAGGAAUACGAGAAGCUCGCCGAAACGAAAACCAGGACAGACAAGAUCGAAGUAUUGCCCAAGGGAUACUCGAACGAUGACACUAAGGCUAAGUCCACGGCCAUGUCGCGGCUCCUAGCCGUUGAUUCUGACAAUUACAUGCUCCGCAAAGGCGCCACUUCGGCCAAUGGCGCCGUCGCCUCGACGUCCACCGUCCCCGCGAUUGUGCCGGCAGCCUCUAUAUCGAACGCCUCCUCGAUCGCACAAAAUUUGCAACUGCAUCCCAGACAGAUACCACCACCACCACGUAAUUUUCACACAAAACUCGGUUUUAACAGCAAUGGAACUUACAGUGAUCUCGAAACCAGCAUUGCGAUCACGACAAAAACUUGUACCAGCUCGAUUAAAACUAUGCCUGUUAACGAUCCUCCUCCACCAUCGGAACCACUCAAUUCUAAAGGAAGUGCCGCGUUGCUUUUGCCUAAGCGAUAUACCUCCGUUAAUCAGCAACAAAUCCACCCCGUUAAUAAUGCCGCUUCCUCGUCGUCCUCCUUUUGCUCCGUCACUUCUGUAACUUCGACAAAGUUUCUAAAUCUUCCUAUAAGCCGGAAGCAACAAUUUUCGAAACUAUCUUCGAUUGCGGAUCAAUUCCGAUCAAAUCCAACGUCGAGAAGCACUUCGAAGGAAUUGCUUGAAAAUGCAGAGGAAUUUUCACAUCUAUGGCCGAGCGGGUUAUUUCCUUGCGCGAGAACAGUAUCGUUUCAUCAGUAUCUGUGCUCGUGCAAUGAUUUUUCACAACAGAACAGUGAAUCGUCGAUAAAUGGUAAUGCUUACGAUGUAAUGGCAGAGGAGAGCGUCUAUUCGAAUUCAGUCGGUCAUGAGGGCUUUGGUGGUGAUAGCGGACAGCGUGCCCUUGACAAGGGCACUGGAGCCGGCCGCGAGCCGGCUACUAUGCGUAAUCUAUGUUGCUGCAUGUGCGGUUCUCUAUGUCCUCCAGAGUGCCAUGCGUGCUUCCACGUGGUCUGCUCGGAGUACAGCGGGCAGCACCUCUGCCAAUGGAGUAGCAAGGGUCACGCGCUACCGGGCCAGGUUCUCGACAAGGACAAGCCCGUGAGCGAGUGGACAUCUUUAAACGUCGUCGAAUGGAUGGCUGCUCUAAAUCUCUACCGCUAUGCGGACGUCUUCAAAUCUAAGGAUAUCAAGGGGAGCGAUCUUCCUUUCUUGGACCGGGAUAAGCUGAUGAAUAUGGGCAUCAAGGAUGACUUCCACCAGAAGACCAUCUUGGCUUGCAUCGAGGAGCUCUGUCAGACACCGGUCGUCGGUGCCACAUUGUCGGCCUCCACGACCACGUUGAACGCGUCCUCCGUCAAUGUGGCCAACGAUGCGAUCGUUGGUGGCAGCGGGUCCGUGGCCACCGGCAAUUCGCCUCACACCCUUAUGCCUCAGAGUUUCAGCGUGCUGGAGAAGUGCGAUAAGUGCCAUAAAUACCUCAGGGGCCUCCUGCAUCAAGGCUUUCUCUGUCUAGAUUGCGGUCUGGUAGCUCAUAGGACGUGUACAGCGACGGGUUUACCCUCUAACUGCUUGCCGGUCGACUCGGAAAAUCGUGCUCAUAGAUUUACUCCAGUAUUCGGUCUUGGCCUGUGCUCGCAAUUCGACAUCUCCUCGCGUCCAGCUCCAUUGUUGGUGGAACGAUGCACCAGUGCCUUGGAGGAGAAGGCAUCCGAGGACAGCACGUUGGAUCUGUACAAAGUCUAUCACAGUAGUCCUCCUAACGAGCAAACCUUGGAAUUGCGGCAAAAAUUGAACGAAGAUGUGUGUAACGCUGAUUUAAGUUCGUAUAGUGCACAAUGCGUAGCGGGCGUUUUGAAAAAGUUUCUCCGAGAAUUGCCAGAUCCUGUGAUCCCUGUACAGUUUUACGAUAGAUUUAUAGAAGCAUCCAAUAUGAAGAACGAUGAACAGUGUGCAGCACGUUUGGGACAACUCGUCUCGGAACUUCCGGAACAUCACCGUAGUACCUUGUUUCAUUUGAUGGCUCAUUUUUGUCGGAUCUGUCAAUUGCAACACGGAAGGGGUUACAUAGAACCCCCUACCAUCCUUAUACAAGUGCUGUGUCACAUUUUCGUCAGACCACCUUGGGAAAGGAUCGUACAAAUUGUUCACAAUAUAGAAGCUCAUAUACGAAUAGUGGAGGUGUUGCUGUUACACGGUGAUUGGAACGAGAGACUACCGCAAUUUGCAAGUCCACCGCAGUUACCGCCGCGAAAAGUUUCAAGGCCGCAGUUUCCAGUUUUAGAUCCAUUCUCCGUUCUCGACGAGGACAAUUCUAUGGAUCGAACAGUGUCAGUUUCAGAGAGCAAAGAGUCGCAACAGCAACCUCACAGACCACGCACACUUCAGGAGGCAGAAUGGUAUUGGGGAGACAUCACUAGGGACGAGGUGAACGAGAAGAUGAUCGACUCGCCGGAUGGUACUUUUUUGGUACGUGAUGCGUCUUCUAAGGGUGGGGAGUACACACUGACAUUGCGUAAAGGUGGGACCAACAAGCUUAUCAAAAUUUGUCAACGGAACGGAAAAUACGGCUUCUCGGAGCCGUAUAACUUUCAUUCGGUUAUCGAGCUGGUGGAUCAUUAUAGGAAUUGUUCUCUGGCGCAGUAUAAUUCGACCCUAGAUAUUAAGCUAUUGUAUCCAGUAUCUCGGUUUCAACAGGAUGAUGAAAUUGCGAGUACGACAGAUAUGGCGAACGUUGCCCAAAAAUACAUCGAGCUUGACAAAGAGAUAACCGACGCGUUAAAGGAAUACAAAGAACUUUCGGAAUUAUACAACAGAACGUCUUUCGAGGUACAGUUGAAACGACAAGCGUUAGAAGCUUUUUCGGAAGCUAUCAAAAUGUUCGAAGAUCAGAUGAAAUUGCAAGAGAAGUAUCAGAAGGAAGCUCAACCGCACGAAAUAUCAACAUUAACCGACAAUGCAGAAUUGUUGAAACGAAGACUGAAAUCUUUAGAAGAUAGUAGAGAACAAUUGGACGGUAGCUUGAAGGAACAAAUCGCUUAUAACAGAACUUUAGAAAGAGAGAUGCACAAAUUGAAGCCUGAACUGUUGCAACUUGUACGACAAAGGGAUAAGCAUUUAAUAUGGUUGAAAAAAAAUGGUAUGAAGCAAAAUAAAAUAAGCCAACUCGUGCUGAAUCAUUCGUUAUCGAAUCCUUUGUUGGGUCAUCUGGCGUAUGGGGAACUUCAAGAGAUAGAUCUUGAGGUUCAUUCUGAUGAAAAGACGUGGCUUUAUCUGGAAUGUUCUCGUUCUGAUGCUGAUCGUAUUCUUGCCGAUAGACCGGAUGGUACUUUUCUUAUUCGAACAUCAAGAACUGGACAAUACGCACUUUCCAUCAUGUGUAACGGUACAGUGAAUCAUUGCAUAAUAUACGGUACCGAACGUGGUUUUGGAUUCGCUGAACCGUACAACAUUCACAAGAGUUUGAAACACUUGGUGCUACAUUACGCUCAGAAUUCUCUGGAAGAACACAAUGAGAGCCUCAAUACGACUCUAGCUUAUCCGGCUUUUGCCUCGCCUGCGGCGUUAUCAAAGUUACAAAUGAAGAUGCACACACAAAACCAAUUACAAUUAACACGUCCUCUCGAAAAUCAACAUUAUAUGACGCACACGUAAUACCCGUGUGCCGAUCAGUUAUAAAUAUAGUUACAAAGAUAUUAGGAUAUACGUGUGCACGCAAGUUUUACUUGGUAUAAUUGCCAAGAUUUGAAAUCGAAAGUGAAUGCGAUGACGACAAAUAAUUUUUCGAAGAAGGUUCUGCAAAAUUUAUAUUCAUUUAAUCGGUAUGGGUGGUAUUAAGGAGAAACUAAUACGCGACAAUUGAUCGUUCCAUUUUUAUAGGCCGGAAGUAAACGCUUCCUUAAACGAAGUACAGUGGUAUUGAUAAUGAAGUGCGAAACAUUGAUAAUAGCGAUAGUAAUCCUCGGAAGCUGUAGUAUAUAAGGUAAUUAUAUACGUAUGUUACCGUGGCGUAAUUGCAGUAAUUGUUUUGGCCGACAGGAUCAACGACACAUUUUACGCGCAAGAUUUUACAAUUUUCUCGAGGUCAACUGGUUUUGACAGAUCUUGUCGACAAUCAACGCAAAAAUUAACCGAGAGUGGAAAUAGUUUUUUUGCUAUCCAUUUAUUUUAUCGAGAUAGGAAGAAACGUUUGGAUGUCGGAACGUGUCCCGUUACAUUUUUUCGAGAUGCACUUAUUCGAUCGAAUACGUCAGAGUAACAGAGGCAUAUAUCUAGUCUUAUAGGCAAAUUGAUGGAAGAAAUGAUGAAUAAUAGAGCAGAACAGAAAACAUAAGUCUGACUAGGCUCAAACUACUCGCAACUUUCGAUUGGUAAUCAGGGUAGUUGCAUUUCAUUAAAAAAAAAAAAAAGAAAAAAAAAAGAAAAAAAGAAAAAAAAGAAGAAAAAAAGAAGAAAAAGGUAAAAAAAAUUUGAUACUAAUGACUAAGAUUGGAUGGAUGCAUCCGUUCAUUCCGAAACAAGCGGAUUGUGAACAAUACAUUUCUUAGACCGCUGUACUUCUGACUCCUUCGAUUUUUUUUUUUUUUUUUUUUUUCUAUGAAUAUUUCCCGAACCUCCGUUUUUUGUAACGCACGAUAUACGCGGUCGUCGUUUACGUCGCGAAUGUGAUCGACAAGGUGUAAGAUCUUCAACAGUGAUACUAGGAUAUAUUAUUAGACGCAUCGCAACAUAACGUAAUCGAGCCUUUCGGAUGCUUACGGAACGUUUUUUGUAGUGAUUUACAACAAUAUUAAAAAUAGCAUCUAUCACCGUUGAACAAGUCAACAAAUAAGAGGCUCGGAUAUCUCGAUCGAUAUAUACUUCCUUUCGAUUUUUCGAUUUAAACGUUGCCCGCCGCGUUACUUUCGAACUUCAUUACAACGAAAGAUAAAAAAAAUUUACACGGAUGCGCGGGAGCUUUUUUAUAUGUACGUUAGAUUUCAAGUGCUGUGCCAGAUCUGUGUAGGCUAUUACUACGCGUGUCUAAGGCUAAUACAGGUGUGAGUACUAAGAGAGUGUGAGAGUACGAGUGACAGAGAGGGAGAGCGAGAGGGGGAGAGGGAGAUCACUUUUCGAGAAGUUAAACAUAUUGUCUGUGAUUUCGGAUUGCCGAGAAAGGAGAUAUAUAUAAUAUUAUCUUGUCUAUUAUUUUCCAUUCGCUUUUUACAAUUUGCUUUUCUUCUUCUAUUAUUACUUACUGUUCUUUCUCUUUAAGAUUUACGAAGCGUGUACUCGUUGAUUCAAUACACGCGUCGAUUUCGACGGAUAUAUAGUAUAAUUAUACAUCGCGGACAUUGUAUGUGCAAAAGCUAUUCGUGAUUUUAUUAAUCGUGAUUUUUUUUUUUUUUUUUUUUUACGUUCGAUUCAUCAGUACUUCUUUUCGAUAUCAUCGCGUCGAAGUUUCACGAAGUAUCUCGUCGCGCUUCUUUCUCUUUCAACUCGAAGUAUUUCCGUGUCCCCGAAAACGUGUUGCGAAACAUCGAUUAAUAUUGAUUUUAUCUGUAUUCUCGUCGAAUACAUCGAAUACGGGUAGAAUCUGAGCACGCAUAACGUGACGUUCUCGCAAACGUUAGACAGGAUCGAUCUCUUCUCGCUUUCAAAGACGUCAAAGCUUAUCGUGUACUCUUUGAAUGAUCUCAAAGGUUGGCGGCGAGGGUCUCGUCGGUUGGGACGGUAACGAGAAGAAUCGCGGAAAGAAUCGGUCGCGAUUGAAUCGAUACUCGAGAAAUUUUACGUAUUACAUUGCGGUCCGGUAAUCGUAAAAGUGUAUCGAGGACGAUUCGCGCGUACACAGAUUCUUCGACUUGUAGCGGUCACUCGAGUCGAAACGACGAUUCGUCCCGUUCCUGUUCUUUCCCACGAUCCUCGUGAUCCACCGUAUAGUCAAAAGAAAUUAAAUCGUGCAAAUAUAUCGAGCGAGAAACAAGUCGAAGAGUCGUUUGAAAGAGUCGAAAGCGGGGCGACGAGUUUUAAUUUUCUUUUAUUUUUCUUCCGUUUGUUUGCGCAGUAUAGGAUGACGAAUUUUUCGAGGAUAGGCAAGCAAGAACUGUGGACAGAGAUUAAAAAAAAGAUACUAGAAAGGGAAAAAGAUUACGGAAAAGAAAGGCUCGUUGCUCAUCCUAAUAAAAAAGCUUCGAAUUACAAUAGAUUUAGGUAGUUUAGGUUUUUUAUACGAAAGAAAGAAAGAAAAAAAAAAGAAAUUAAGUGCCCUGGCGCUGAUAGGCUUAUAUAGAUUCCAUGGUGUCCAAUCGCGUGCAGGUGCAGUAUUCGAUUGUUGUUCGUCGUGUUUGCCACCGGAUCGUACUUGCACCCCGGAUGUUUCGAUCGAUCCAAGUUAUUUAAAUGUACGUUUCCGAAAAUCGAUUGUUCUCUUCGCAGAUUUUAAUCUAUUUCGUUGAACGUGUUUUUUUUCGAUUUUAACGUUGCUUUUGCCAUGAUUGCCAUUUUGCACGAAAAGAAAAUAUAAAUAAACAAAUAAAUAAGUAAAAAAGGAGAAGGAUUCGAGGAAAGAUUUAUUAUUAACGGGAAGAAGAAAGAGAGCUACGUUAGAAUCGACGAUUAAAAUAAACGCGUGCAAUUACAUUUUCAGAUUGGAAAUGUUUAAAACGGAGUAAAGAGAACAAACGAUAUUUUGCGAAUAUAAUUAAAAUGAGAUCGGAGCAAUCGGAGGCGCGUGAUUCGGUGACGAAAGUGUGAGUUUUACGUUAUAAUCAGCUGUAACGGCGACGAGUUCGAGAUCCGCGUUGAAAUCUUAAAAUAGAAAUAAAUACGCAUAAAGAUUUUCGAAACCAUUCAUGACCAUUAUCACUCCUUUUUCUAGAUAGAGGUUCUCAAGUUUGAGAGAACACACUUCCGUUUCUUUUCUUUUUUUUCUAACGCGAUGAUCCAUCGGAUUUCUCGCGAUUCGAUCUCGUCGCCUUUUUCAGAAGCAAAUUACACACAAGUAAAAUAUGACCAUAUACACGAUCAUCGUACGUACAUUAUCAAACAUAUACACAUACACAUACAUACAACAUACAUACACACGUGUAUCGCACGCAAAUGCAUGAUCGUGCGCGUGAAAUAUAAACGAUGAAUUAGAAAGAAGAAGAAGAAAAAAAAGAAAAAAAUUAAUAAAAAAAUAAAUAAAAGAAAAAGAAAGAAAAACGAAAUACAUUCGUUGGCGAGAGAAAUAUAUUGACGUGGAAGUAUGAUGAAAAAAAGGAAAAUGAAGGAAAGAAAAUGGAAAAAAAAUAUAUGAACAUAUAUAUAUAUAUAUUAUAUAUCUAUAUAUUUUUACUUACUUUGAAAACAAACCUUUAAUUAAUUAUUUAUAAUAUAUUCGUGCGUAUGUUGUAUACAUAUAUAUACAUAUAUUAUAUCGUAGCAUCGUGAUGUACCCUGUUCGAAGCUACGCAAACCUUGACGAUCGCGUUUCCCACGAGGGGGAAAGCGCAUAUCGUGUGGGACGCGAGAUCUCCAAGGCUCGUGCGUUCUCGAAUUUUUGUCGAUGGAACGGAAAAAAAAAAAGAAAAAAAUAAGACACGUGUACGCGCGCAUACGAAUUUACAAAUUUCCAAAGGAAAAUCUACAAUGGGAUCUUUUUUUUUUUUCUUAAUUUUACAUCUAAUGACGAUCAAAUUCGAAAGACGUUUCUAUUUUUACGAUCGCGUAGCAAAGGGCGUAAUCUCGCGUCGGUUUUAACGCGCUCGCUUUUCGGAUCAUCGAAGCUCGUUUUUGAUCUUUUUUUCAUUUGUCGUGUGCGCGUGUUCACGUUUCGAUAGGUUGGAUCGCAGGCGGUUUAUUAUUUCGAGCAUCGAUGGAGGCGAGAAAGAUGGAGGGAAAAGUACACGUGGUGCUCGCACGCGUGUUAAUUAAAACUUAAAAACUUGGGACGAAUCAAGUUCAACGAAUGUAUUUUCACGUUACGGUUAGGAACGGAAUAGGGGAAACGAAUUGGAGAAAAUAAAAAUGUCCACACGUAUCGAGUUUUCCGAAUCCGACACACAUACACGCACGCGCAUGAAAGUUAGCACAGUUUGGAACCACGAAUGAAAUGAAGCAAGACUAAAUCAUUCCAAGUAUCGAUCGUUGGACUUGAUUCGCUUCCCUCGUUUAAACUCAUCCGUCGGGAUGAGGUCAUAUACAAUACGAUCGAUUCGAGUACGGAUUUUUUACGAUCUCGAGGAUGAUCGACCGUGAGAGGUUUGAUUUUUCGCGGUAUUUUUUUGUAUUUUUCGAAAAGGGACGACGUGUCCCUGUUUGAGAUUUUAUGGCAUAAUAAAAAAAAAAAAAAAAAAAGAAAAAAGCUGUUGUCCGAUGUAAAACACGUGUCACAUCACGAUGUAAUAUAAAUAUAAAUAUAUCGGAGCUAUAGUGGUGAGGCUCUUUUAUACAAAAGUGAGAGGAGAAAGAAACAAGGAAGAGGGAGGAUGACUUGAAAAUUAGCGUGAAAAUUCUCGGCGGGACCGAUCCAACAGUUUCUUUCACGAGCCAGAACGGUUAUCUCUAUUACACUUGUUCGGUCUGACGAUCCUUGAGCCGAUCGAUAUUCUUUUUUUACAUGUUUAACAACCAGCGUGUCGAUCGCUGAGUCUCCUCGAAUCGACGAAGUCAAUUUCAAAGAACCAAAAGAAACUCGAAGCGAGGAGGAUUCAGAGAAUUCUCGGAUCGACUCGGCGAGGCUCAGACUUUUAUCGCUGUUCGAUGGAGCGUUUGAUGGAUUGUUUAACGAGAUCGAUUGUGAGAAAGAGGCAAGAAUCUUAACGCGUUAAGAAUUCAAGAAUUCGAGGGACGAGAGAAUUUUAAGUAUACCGAAAAAAAAAAAAAAAAACAAAAACGAUCGGAAGAGAAGAAAUGGAGCGACGAGAGAAGAUAAAAAGUGUAAAAGUUGCCUUAGCUUUUCUACAAGUUGAAUAUGUGCAGAAUGCGAGAGAAACAAUGGAAGAGAGAAAGAGAGGGAGAGAAUGAGAGAGGUGGAAGAUAAGAAAGGGUGCGUGCAAGAAAGAAAAAAAGCAAGAAAGUUGAGGAAAAAAGAGAGACGAGAUAAAUAUUUCGUAACGGUGUUGCUUACUGUCGAUCGAUGCAGAUAUUUUGCGACGAAAAAAGAAAGGAGUGAUUGAUCUAAUAAGGUAUUCCGACAUUUCUCACCACGAAGAGGAAGAGCCUUGCGAAAAAUAAAUUUCCCGCGAAACAUUGAUAAUCAAAUCGUAUCGUAAUCGAAACUGCAAUUUGUAAUACAUAAAAUAGCGAUUCCUGUAAUAGUAAUUGCGUGCGCCGAUUUUCGCGGCAAUUUGUAAACUCGUAUAGGAAGGAAGGUAAAAACAGUUUCUCUAGACACGCUCGUGGACACUCUUUUUCUAAUAUUUGCAGCAAUAUGUAUAAAAUACACUAUAUUACUUGGCGGUUUAGCUACGGGCAAAACUCUCAGGUUCCAGUUAACUAAACGAGAUAUUUAAACUACUUAACGAAUUAAUUGUAAACGGAGAAACGAGUAAUUUAAGCGUUACGAUACGUCCUUUUAUGGAGAAACCAAUGAAACAUGGAUUUCGAUUCCUCUCUUUUGUCAAUGCUAACGAUUUAAGUAGUGACAACAAGCCAAUAGGAAAUAGAUAAUUAGAGAAAGAUUGGGGGAUCGCCGUAGACCAAUAUAUUGUUAACCUAAGCAUAACGAAUUAAUUGUAAAAGAAAUGGAGUUUCUCUUCAAGCCUCUUUGCCAGAAAUGGCUAAUUGUAAGAUCGAGAAGGAACGAUUAAAAUAAAAAAGAAUGUGUCUCUGAUGAAUGUAGAGAAAGCGUGUAUGCUCGAAAGAAGAUAAGAGAAAGAGUGAGUGAAUGAGUGAGUGAGUGAGUGAGUGAGUAUUAGAAAGAAAGAGAGAGAGAAUCGUACAAAAUUACAACAAAGAAUGUAACGAUCUUUGCAAUUUCCCCUUGUCUGCGUCCAAAUUUAGAAAGAGGAAUAGAUGGAAAGAAUUCGUUGAUCGUGUUACUUAUUAGAAGCAAAUAUCUUCGUGUCCAAUUCGACGAAUCCAAUAAUUCGCGGAAUUGGGCGUUAUUUUGUAACAAAAUAUUUUUCUUUUUUUUUUUUUGCAUUCACGAUUGCAUGACGAAAAAUAAA